AGUAGAAGAAGAGUUAACGUCUACGUGCUUGUGUGUGUUCACGACGUCUGAAACUUCUGCACGUUGUGCUGUAAAAAGGACGUGAGAGCUUCUAUAUUAAGUUGAAAGCUGAUAUCUGAAGAGUUUGCCAAAAUGUCAGAUUCAGAUUCGGACUCUGAUAGCGAGUGGGAGCAGUGCAGCUAUGUGAAAUUUAAGGGAGAAGAGUUUGGUACUUUUUCAGGAGAACACAUUUUAGCUCGAUGGAACACCAUCCCUGUUAAAACUAGAAGGGAAGCUUCGCAGCGAAUGAAAGUUUGUGUUUUUUGGCUCCCCAUCGUGCUGCAGCCGGACAACUCCAGGACUUAUGAUUGGGCUCUGGAUAUAGGUUUAAUCAACUCAAAGGACAGGGACGAGCUGACCCUGUUGAACAUAAUCAAGAUACAGAUUGUGGAAUCACUCUUGUGUGACGUGGAGAAAGUAACGCUGGAGAAGGACGUUCCCAAAGUGCUUUUCUACUGUGACCAGAUGAAUAUGCAGUUUUGUUCGAAUACUUUAAAGAAAGCGUUGAAAGUUUUGGAGAAAUCGAAGGAUCCUUUUAUACGCCAUCACCUGGCGAUCCUCGGCAUUCCCAACUCCCUCUUGACCCUCAACUUCAUCUUCUCUGAGUUUGCCAGGUUUAUUCAGGAAAUGAGCCACAACGUGAAGAAAACGCUGGCGGAUCUGAUGGUUGAACCCGAUGAACUUUCUUUAGGGCAAAGUGAAAGCAUGAAGAAGAUAGGAAAUGAAUAUUUUAAGAAACAACUUUAUGAACAAGCUGUAAAAUAUUAUUCCAAAGCCAUCCAGUUUUAUCCUGACAACCACAUUCUUUAUGGAAACAGAGCCCUGUGCUACAUCAAGAUUAAGGAGUAUCUAAAAGCAGCGGUUGAUGGAAAAUGUGCCGUUCUCAUCCAGCCACUCUGGGCAAAGGGUCACUACCGGUACUGUGAAGCUUUGUUUCACCUGGACCAGUACCAGAUAGCUUUAGAAGCCAACGAGACCGCCAGGUUGCUGUGCAAAGACAACCCAGAUGGACUCGAAGACCUGGAACAGCAAUACCAGAGGCUUGAGCUUGCUGAGAUGUCAAAACCAGAGCAGAGCCAACCGCAGUCGACAAAAAGUGGUGCCAGAAGUGAUCGAGCAAAACCCACAAAGGUCAAAGACAUGAAAAAGAACCAAAAGACGGUGAAAACCGAAAACUCUGCACAGUCGCCGAGCAAACCUAAAGUCUCAACGCCAUCAAAAAGUGAGAAGGGAGAGUUAAACACCCCAACGAAGAAGAAAUUAAAGCGCGCAGUUGGUCAAGAGAACCAGGUGGUGGUUGAUCGGAGUAAAGCAGAGCUUUGUAAAGAGCUGAGAUCUUUGGUGCAGGACGCUCACUCUGCCCUCUACGACCUCCGAAGCCGCAACGCAGAGCAGGCCUUCAGUCAGGCGCUGAACCUGCUGGAAACUGUAACGCCAAAGGAACUGGGACUGUCCACGUUGGAUGAGCUGCUGUUACUGUUUGGACGAGUUUCAGCUUUGACAGACAUCGGACAGCCAGAGGAACUCGCAGAAACAGAGAAUCUCCUGAAUAAGAUGAGAUGCUACGAGGAGCGGACGUUUCAGUGUCUUGUUUUCUACGCCGCCGGCAGGUUGUUUCUCAGAGAGAACAGGUUUGCGAUGGCUCUGCAGCCGUUUUUAGAUUCUUUACAGAUGGUGAAGACUCAGAUAACUCCGGGGAAACUCACGUGGCCUUUAACUAAAGAGGUUGUCAAAGAAACGCAACCUGAAUAUUUCAAGGACAUUUUGGAGCGUUCUAUAGAGUUGUGUAAAUUUCCUCCUCCUCCUGAUGCCGUUUGUCGCCUGGAAAAAUGUCUGUGCCCUUUGAAAACUGAAAUCUUCUUAACCGACCCAGAUUUUAAGGGCUACGUUCAGAUGGGCUGCUGUCAGAGCUGCAGGGUGGAAUUUCACAUCAACUGCUGGAAGAGUCUAAAGACAACCAGGUUCUUGGAGAAAAGUGAAAAGGACAUCCUCCAUGAAACAUGUGUGACUCCCGACUGCAUAGGCAAAAUCUGUGCUAUCAAAAUCUUUUGUCCGACCGGUUUGGUGAAAUGUAAGUUUGAAGCUGCCAUCACUAAAACCCCGAUGCCAAAGAAGCCAAAAGUGAUUCAGAAAUGUGCAAGUCCAACGAAAUUAAAAUCAAACGAGGAGCAGAAGCUCAAAAACAAGCGGUAUAAAGAGUUGUUUCAAGAUCCACAGAUCAUCAACGAUGAGAUUCUGCAGCAGAGAGACGACUCGGGAACACAAAGACAACAAAAAGCCUUGUUGGUGUACAGAGAUCCAGUUCUUCUGCAGAUCAACCAGAACAUGGAUCUUCUGAGGGAGGAGAAGUGUCUCCACGUUACUGCUCUCACCAGCAGCCUGAAGCCCUGGCUGGAGCUGGACUUGUCCAGGGGGAACCAGAUCGCUGCGAGGCUGCUGAACUGGGAACAGGAGCCCCUGGUGGCUUUGAGUCAAGCUGUGGAGCUGCUGCUGGAGAGGAAGAACCGGGUUUGGGGUCGGGUUUUAAUCCAACAUCUUAGCAGCUGUGUGGAGAUAAAUCCCAAACUCAGCAGCUGGGCGUGUCAGCUGAACGAUGCAGGUCUGAACGCUGCCCGGACCUUCAUUGAUCGCUACGCUGAACACCUGGAGCAGCAGGAUCUGACUCUCCUGCUGCACUUUGAGCCACUGAAGGAGAUGAUUUUAGAAAAGCUCAGCGCUAUACCAGAGUUGUUUUCAAGCACCGGCUUGGCCUUCACCGAAUACCUGAAGCAGGCUCCGACUCAGGACACCAGGCUGUUUAUCUGGACUUUAGAGGAGUAUAGAGAGGAAUAUGAUUCUUGUCACGCUAUACUGGAUGAAUAUUUUGAUAUGAUGGAUGGACAUGGCUCGGUCUUAAAAAAGUCUAAUGAGAAUAAUUCUAUGAGCGCUAAGUGUCGAGGCCGAAAAAAGAAGCAGAAAUGUUUAAAGAGUGUAAUUGGGAUGAGAGGAGUUACUGAUCAAGACUAUUUUGAAGAUGACUCUUUAUCCUUCCUUCCCCCCGAUGACCCGUUCAGUGUACCCAGUCACCUUCGAGAACAAGUGGCAGAUUUUGAGAACCAGUACAGCAACAGCAGAACACAAAGUCACUUACUAAACAUUCUAGACAACAACUCUGAUCCAACCAAAGAAAGUUUGUUUGACUACUUUGCUCAGAUCUUGGAGGAGCACGGCCCCCUUGUUGCAGAGGAUCCUCUGUUGGUGGAAGAAAUGCAGCAUUUUCCUGCCAUGGCCAGGUGGAAGAUCCAAGAAGCGGGCGGCUUCGAGGCCUUCCUGUUGGAGUCCCUUCGCUUCAUUAAGAUCGGGCGGUGCAUCGGCCUGGCCAAGCACGCCGUCUCCCUGCAGCAGGCCGCGCACGGAGCGAGCCUGGACGACCUGGACGAAAUAACUGACCGUAACUCUUCGUCCCCUGAUCUGUAUACAGCGAGUCAUUUCACAAAUUAUCUGCAGAAUUACUCCUCUGCACACGCAGAAAACACUCCCGUCCUCCCAAAUCCUAAUUUAUUUUACUCCCAGUCGUCAGGAAGUGACCCUUACUCCCUCUGGACUGACUCAAACGUUAUUCCCAACCCUUAUGAAGAAUCGCCCGUCGAUGCCCUCGACACCCAUUUUACAGUUUUGGAAGCCGAUCCAACGUCAGAGAAAACCGUUUUUAUGCCAAAGGAUGAAAACUUUUUCCAGAGACAUGCAGAAGUGCAGACGUGUCCUGAAGAGAGGAGCUGCGUGGCGGUGAAUACAGAGCAUUAUGGGCGUUUUGAGAGGCGCCAGGGUGACCUCACCAUGAAGGAGAGGGACAACAUCAAGUUGGAGCAAAUGAUAAAGAAAAUGAAAAACGGUGUCAAAGUCGAUGACAGAAAGGAUUUGGAUUUACUCAAUCAGGACUUGAAGACGGUUACUAUAAAUAUACAAGAGAUCGUUAAAGAUGUGACGAAGUUACAGCAGAGGCUGGAGGAGGAGGUGAAAGGGGACAAGAAGGAGAAGAAGGCAAACCAGGAGGAGCUGAAGGCCCUGAAGAAGGAGACCGAGAAGCUGCUCAAGGAACAAGCGACACUCUCCCAGAACAUCAGAGAAAAGAAAACCAGCUGUGAAGCCCAGCUGACUGAUUUCUUGGAGCUGAGUAACCAGUCAACAGCUGAGAAGAUGAGUUUGGAGGAUGAGAUUAAACGCUGCCGAAGCUUGUUGGCCUCUGCCACUAGAAGGUCCCACACAGCUCGGCUGUCAGUCGUGGAAAGCACCAAGGAUCAGAGUUUGUACGGACUCCACAGAGAGCUGACCGACUCCAAGGCGUUGUUGACCCAACUGGACGAGGCAGCACGCAGGAACCCAAACCAGCACCUGGAGAAGACGGUGAACACCUGCAGAGCUAAAGUCGAAGAAAUGGAGAAGAAUAUUUCUGUUGCCGAGCGACGGUUCCAGGAGGAGCUGGAUCGGGUGACGAGCAGCAGCAGAACGGACGCUGCAGCAGUGUCGGUGGGAGCCGGAGAGUUCACCCCUCAGGCUUCCUGCAGCGCUGCGCCGCCUCCACCUGUCGGUCACGCUGCUCCGCCUGCAGCUGAAGCUCCUGUGAAGCAUCAGAAAACUUCCAGCUCUGUGUUUGAAAAGGCCAUGGAGAGCCUGACGGCCAUGUUCCCUGACUGUAAAAGGCCAGACCUGAUGAAGUACAUUCAGGAGGUCCGUUUGUCCAGAGGUGGGAGUCUGAACAGCAUGGCGCUGCAGGAUGUGGUGGGGGGAGUGACCCAGCGGAUCCUGGACAAUCAGGACAGGCUGCACGCUGCCAGAGCCAGCAGUGGGGACCGAUCCAGUCCAGCUGAGCGCACCACCUCCAGCCCCACUCCUCGUGCGAACCAGCACCCGGCCUGGCAGUUGGUCGCACCCAAAAUCGUCAGAAACCCACUGAACGUGGAGGACCCGUGCAUCAUUUGUCACGACGACAUGAGUCCAGACGAGACCUGCGUCCUCGAGUGCAGACACAGCUUCCAUUACGAGUGCAUUAGGUCUUGGCUGAAUGAGAAGAACACCUGUCCCACCUGCAGAAAUCACGCCAUGCUGCCCGGCGACUUCCCCACCCUGAUGCCCGGUGAUUUCCCCGUCCUGCUCGGUCGGAGGCGCCAAGUCCCCUGAAGUCUGAACGGCUCGCUGCAACGUUAACGUUUUUAUCUUUGAAGUUUCUGUAAAACAUGCACACGUUUUCGCUUUUUAUCUUUACUAGUAGAAUUUUGUGCUGAAACGCUGAUUUUUUUUUUUCUUCUUCCUUGAAAUAGUUUGCUUCCUCUCU